GUUGCCCCGCCCACCGGCCUCUACAUCACCACCCCUCUCGCCGCUUUCAAGCGCGGAGAUUGGCUGUAAGCAAGAAAGAGCCCCGCCCCUAGUCUUAUGACUCGCGCUGAAGCGCCGAUUCCUGGCUUUUGCAAGGCUGUGGUCGGUGGUCACCCGUGCUCCUGACGCAGGUCCAGCGAGCCUUUUCCCUGGUGUUGCAGCUGUUGUUGUACCACCGCCGUCGCUGCCGCCGUCGCCUGCUCUGCGGGGUCAUGGUGUGCUUCCGCCUCUUCCCGGUUCCGGGCUCAGGGCUAGUUCUGGUCUGCCUCGUCCUGGGAGCUGUGCAGUCUUACGCAUUGGAACUUAAUUUGACAGAUUCAGGAAAAGCCACUUGCCUUUAUGCAAAAUGGCAGAUGAAUUUCACAGUACGCUAUGAAACUACAAAUAAAACUUAUAAAACUGUAACCAUUUCAGACCGUGGCACUGUGACAUAUAAUGGAAGCAUUUGUGGGGAUGAUCAGAAUGGUCCCAAAAUAGCAGUGCAGUUUGGACCUGGCUUUUCCUGGAUUGCGAAUUUUAGCAAGGCGGCAUCUACUUAUUCAAUUGACAGCAUCUCAUUUUCCUACAACACUGGUGAUAACACAACAUUUCCUGAUGCUGAAGAUAAAGGAAUUAUUACUGUUGAUGAACUUUUGGCCAUCAAAAUUCCAUUGAAUGACCUUUUUAGAUGCAAUAGUUUAUCAACUUUGGAAAAGAAUGAUGUUGUCCAGAACUAUUGGGAUGUUCUUGUACAAGCUUUUGUCCAAAAUGGCACAGUGAGCACAAAUGAGUUCCUGUGUGAUGAAGACAAAACUUCAACAGUGGCACCCACCAUACACACCACUGUGCCAUCUCCUACUACAACACCUACUCCAAAGGAAAAGCCAGAAGCUGGAACCUAUUCCGUUAAUAAUGGCAAUGAAACUUGUCUGCUGGCUACCAUGGGGCUGCAGCUGAACAUCACUCAGGAUAAGGUUGCUUCAGUUAUUAACAUCAACCCCAAUACAACUCACUCCACAGGCAGCUGCCGUUCUCACACUGCUCUACUUAGGCUGAAUAGCAGCACCAUUAAGUAUCUUGACUUUGUCUUUGCUGUGAAAAAUGAAAACCGAUUUUAUCUGAAGGAAGUGAACGUCAGCAUGUAUUUGGUUAAUGGCUCCGUUUUCAGCAUUGCAAAUAACAAUCUCAGCUACUGGGAUGCCCCCCUGGGAAGUUCUUAUAUGUGCAACAAAGAGCAGACUGUUUCAGUGUCUGGAGCAUUUCAGAUAAAUACCUUUGAUCUAAGGGUUCAGCCUUUCAAUGUGACACAAGGAAAGUAUUCUACAGCUGAAGAAUGUUCUGCUGACUCUGACCUCAACUUUCUUAUUCCUGUUGCAGUGGGUGUGGCCUUGGGCUUCCUUAUAAUUGUUGUCUUUAUCUCUUAUAUGAUUGGAAGAAGGAAAAGUCGUACUGGUUAUCAGUCUGUGUAAUCAAUUAAAUCUAGUGGGGUUUUGUUUUGUUUUGUUUUGUUUUGUUUUCAGUUAGAAGUUACGUUUCCAUUGGCUAAAAGCCAGGACAUGCUGUGCAAUAGAUUGUUUAAGAUAUGCAGACAAACUUAAGUGAGUUGCUAGCUAACUUGGGCAUGAGUACACUUAUUUAAGACAAAAUAUAUUAGGACCAAUUUUUUUGGUUUUUUUCUUCCUUUGUUAAAGUAUAAUUAAAAGAAAAAUUGUGGCUUAGAAUUUUUUAAGUAAUGAUUUUAAGCCCCUGGAUCCAAUUAUGAAAGCAUUUUUACUGAUGUGUAAUUUUAUAUGUUACAGUUACUUAUAUUUUACUACUUUGGUGUUAUUUGCAAAAUCAAAGGUGUUAAAGAAUUUAACUUGCUUCAGGAAAUAAAUUCAAGAACAUAAUGGAUUCAUUUUCAUUAGUGGCAGAAACGAAAUUUGGUUCAUGAUAAGACUUCCUUUCCCCACCUCCUGAUCAGCAUUAUUUAAAUCUGUAUUUUUUUGGUUAAGAAAGAAAUGGCUUCAUGAUAUCGUAUUUAAUAGCAAAAGUUUGGCUGUUUUCUUCAUCAUUGUUAAUAGCUACUAUAUUUUAACAAGGAAAUUUCUUUUUUUUUCUGGAGUUUGGAAUAUACUGAUUAUCUCAGACUUGACAUUUAUACUGAAGGAUGAAGUAAGACCUUCAGCUUUUUUUAAAAGGUGUUGAUUUGGAACACCUGUAUGGGUUAUGGUUUAUUAAGGUUGUGGUUUAGAAAGUUUUUUCCCUCAGAGCCUUAACUUGUUAAGAAGGUUCAUUUAUCCUGCACUGAAAACAAAAACUCUAUAUACUUUGUUUGUGUGCCUCCUGCACUCUCCCAUUCCCUACGUGAAUAUGCUCUAGUUGAUAUUUUUAAUAUAUUGAUUUCUUUUUUCUCACAGCAACAAGUGCUUACUCUAGAGGUUAGUGGGCCCUGAUAUGUCAUCAGUCAGAUGCCUGCCUAGCCAAAGCUGGACCAAGAUUAUUCUGUACAUUUGUUGAUCUUGAUGUAGACUUAUAUCCCUGUAGGGACCGCUAAUGGCUCUGGCUUCUGGAGUAAGGUACUAGAGACCACUCAUCCCCGUGUCUGCUUGAUUGGUUCAGCUGUUCAAUUGCCCUUUUUUUUGGAAGCACAGUGUUGAAGUUGUCUGGGGUUCAAAUGGCUGCUUUGUACACCUGUCAUUAGUGUAAGGCAGACGUUUAUUUUAUCAAGCUAUUUUAUCUCUAUAUUUAACUAAAAACAAAAGUUCCCAAAGAUCUGCCUUCACUUCAGAAAAUAUUUUUUGGAUUAAAAAAAUUAAGCCUAAACCUUAAAUAAAGUGAGUUGGUUAUUCAAUCCAAGGAUUAAGUCCCAAUCUACCUCUCAGCACAAUGCAGAAGCUCACCACUGUAUUGCUGCCAUUAACUCAUGCCAGAACCCUUUGCCAAUAACUGGAAUUACAAAAUUUUGUUAAAGAAAAUUUAUCAAGAUCUUUCUUUACUGCCUUCUCUAUAUGUACAUCUCAAAAACAUGUACAUCUCAAAAACUGGAGUAGAAAGUUAGAUUGCUCAAUUGCAACUCCUCUAGAACUCUAUAGCUCUGAUCACACUCUCCUGUAUUUGCUAAGUAUGUAAAGAAUGUUUUCUUUUAAAGUGUUCUCUUUUGAGAACAACUGCUCAUUUGUUGUAAAAGCAUUUGGUUAAAUUGAUGGCAUCAUAAAAAACAGUGACUUCAUUUCAAUACAUAUUUUUGAGAUGAUUGUCUAGAAGCCAGAUUAAUUAAAUCCAGCUUGUGACCUUGCUAAGCAUAUAAAUUGGAAAUUCAGAUACAUUCAAACUUAUGGGUUCAUUUAAAAGUGUUCUACCUUUUGGGUAUGAGACUAAUAUCACUAAUUCCUCAAUAGUUAUCGUGGCUCUAUCUUAAUUAAUUAGAAAAUAUGUGUGUUUAAUUCUUUGAGAAUUAAAAUACAGAAUAUGAACAGAGGGUUAAAAACUGCUUCAACUCCAAUAAGAUAAAGGAAGCUGAAAAUCUAUGAGCUGAGUGUUUAAUUAGCUUUGCCUACUGGGUUCAUUUUUAUGUCAAUACAACAGUGGAUCAGACAGUACGACUUUGAACUGGUGAAUGUAAAGAAUUGUUUUUCACCUAAGCUGCUUUGGAAGAACUGAUGCUUGCUGCUAACUAAAGUUUUGGAUGUAUCAAUUUAGAGAACCAAUUACUACCUGCAAAAUAAAGCAUACUGUGGUACUUCUGUUUGAUCUAGUAUGUGUGAUUUUAGAUUGAUGGAUUAAAAAUUAAUAAAGAUCAUGCAUUUCAUGCCA